AUGGGCUGUUGUGCCAGUUGUACGGCCAAAGGCGAUGACGACAAUCUGUAUCGUCAGCUGUUGGCAGAUAACGAGCGUGAUGCUAUCUCGGCACUUCUUGAGUAUCUUGAAAACCGAGGAGAAGUCGAUUUUUUUUCGGAUGGUCCUUUGAAGGCACUUAGCACUUUAGUUUAUUCCGAUAACAUUGACUUACAGCGCAGUGCUGCGCUCGCCUUCGCUGAAAUUACCGAGAAGGAGGUACGCCCGGUAUCAAGAGACGUUUUAGAGCCUCUUCUUAUUCUUCUACAAAGUUCUGACCAAGAGGUUCAGCGUGCUGCCUGUGCGGCGUUGGGAAAUUUAGCUGUGAAUGAUGAAAAUAAGGUGUUGAUCGUUGACAUGGGUGGUCUUUCGCCGCUAAUACGACAAAUGAUGUGCCCUAACAUAGAGGUUCAGUGCAAUGCUGUUGGUUGUAUCACCAAUUUGGCUACCCAGGAUAAAAAUAAGACGAAGAUUGCCAAGUCAGGUGCUCUUAUUCCUCUUACCAAGUUAGCUAAGUCUCCUGAUUUACGUGUUCAGAGAAAUGCUACAGGAGCUUUACUAAAUAUGACCCAUUCUUACGAAAACAGGAAGGAGUUGGUCGAUGCAGGCUCUGUUCCUGUGUUGGUGCAACUUCUCUCCAGUCCAGAUCCAGAUAUUCAAUAUUAUUGCACCACGGCGUUGUCCAAUAUAGCAGUGGAUGAAGCCAACAGAAAGAGGUUGGCAACUACAGAACCCAAGUUGGUAGGUCAGUUGGUUCAGCUUAUGGACUCGCCAAGUCCAAGAGUGCAAUGUCAGGCCACAUUGGCGUUGAGAAAUUUGGCAUCGGAUGCAUUAUAUCAGCUCGAAAUCGUGAGAGCAGGGGGACUUCCGAACUUGGUCACAUUACUCAAAUCACAGCAUGAGCCUCUCGUUUUGGCAGCCGUUGCUUGUAUUCGAAAUAUAUCGAUUCAUCCAAUGAACGAGGCCCUCAUCAUCGAGGCAGGAUUCCUCGAGCCAUUGGUAGAUUUAGUUGAUUACACAGACAAUCCUGAGAUCCAGUGUCAUGCCGUGUCAAGUCUAAGAAACUUGGCGGCCAGUAGUGAGCGGAACCGUCAAGCUUUAGUUGAUGCAGGUGCUGUCAAGAAAUGCAAGGAAAUGGUUCUUGAGGCUCAGGAGUCCGUGCAAUCCGAAAUAUCUGCCUGCUUUGCUAUCUUGGCAUUGGCCGACGAUUUGAAAAGUAAGUUGUUGGAAAUGGGUAUCAUAGAUGUCCUAAUUCCUCUUACCAAAUCACCAAAUCCAGAAGUGUGUGGAAAUUCGGCGGCUGCAUUGGCUAACCUUUGCUCCAGAAUAGACGACUAUUCAAUUGUUCUUAAAAACUAUGAUGGGAUCUCCGACUUCAUAUCCAACUUUCUCGACAGUGGAAAUUCGACUUUUGAGCAUAUAGCUCUCUGGACAGUGCUUCAACUACUCGAGUCUGAUAACAUCGAAAUCAAAAACAAAAUCAAAAACGACAUCAACGGUGGAAAAAUUAGCUUGAAUAACCUUACAGGAGAUGACUUGAACGGCAGCGAUGAAAUCUCCAAUUUGGUCCAGCAGAUCUUGGAGUUGAUAAAGUAA